AAAUUCAAUGGCAUACGCCCCUCUUUCCUGAAAAUAAUCCGCCAUUGUAUGUAACUUCUUUUGGUGAUAAGACCAAAAAGAAAGAAUGGCACAAAAUAAUUAUUUUGGCUUUACACACGGUGGAACACAGUAUGGGGCUACAAGUGCAGCUGCUUAUCAAACUGGACAACCAGGAUAUGCAGUAACUCCAGCUGCAACUGCUGCAACAUAUACACAAAGACCAGCUGCUGCUCCAGCAACUGGAUAUGAAAGUUAUCAAGCUGCUGCGGCUGCUGCUGCCACAGGAACAACUUAUGCUGGUUUUGUUUCCCCCAUAGCUGCAAAUCCAGGAACAGUUGCACAAACAUAUGAUUAUGGAUAUGGACGUCCAGCACCAGCAGCAACAUAUGAUGCAACUAAAACAUAUUAUCAACAACAAGCAGCACCACCAGCAACAUAUGCAACAACUGAAACACAUUAUCAAGCUGCUAAACCAGCAUACAGUACAAAUGCAUAUGCUGGUGCACCAAGACAGGCAACAACAACUGGACAAGCUAAAACUUAUCAAGCAUCAAGCACAGCUUAUCCACAAUCAAAUCCAGCACAAAAUGCAUCAUAUUCAUCUGGUUAUACAGCACCUGCUGUACCUGCUGCUGCUCCACCAGCUGCUACAAAUAAGCCAGCAAGUACACCAUAUUCUGGAUAUGAUGCAGCGCUUUAUAGUGCAGCAACAAUGUACGUAGCUCAACAAAGUGCAAAUAGUAAUUCAACUAAUCAAAAAAGUGGAGGCUGGCAAGGCUAUGGACGUAAAAGUUUUGGACCUAGUGGAGGUGGUGGCGGUGGAGGAGGUGGAGGAGGCGGUGGUGGUCAAGGAGGAGGUGGCGGCGGUGGUGGAGGUGGUGGUGGCGGAGGAAUGAAAAGUAUGCGUUCAAAACAACCACCAAAACCUCAACAAUUACAUUACUGUGAUGUUUGUAAAAUAAGUUGUGCUGGACCACAAACUUAUCGUGAACAUCUUGAAGGACAAAAACAUAAAAAAAAAGAAGCAUCAUUAAAAGUACCACAACAACCACCAGCACGUGGAGCUGGUAAUUCAUUAAGAUGUGAAUUAUGUGAUGUAACAUGUACUGGUAAUGAUGCAUAUGCUGCUCAUAUACGUGGUGCUAAACAUCAAAAAGUUGUUAAAUUACAUACAAAACUUGGUAAACCAAUACCAAGUGCUGAUCCAACUGUAUUAAAUCCAAAACCAACAGCUGCUGUUAAAGUUGAGGCACCAACAACAGCAACAACAACAUCAGCACCAACAACAACUGGUACUACUAAUGCAACUGCAACUGGUGCUGUUAAAAAACCAGCAGUUAUAACAUCAGCACCUAAAAUAAAUUUCGUUGCUUCUGGUAAUUUAGGUACAGUUAAUCAAAAUCAAAGUCAACCAAUUGCUGAACAAAAAAUUGUAGAAGAAACAACAACAACAACAGUCAUUGAAGAAGUACAAGAAGAAACAAUUAAUGAUGAAAAAGAAAUACAACCAGUUGGACAAGAAUAUAUUGAAGAAAUGAAAUCAGAUGAUGGAAAAAUAAUAAGUUUUAAUUGUAAACUUUGUGAAUGUAGAUUUAAUGAUCCAAAUGCCAAAGAUAUGCAUAUGAAAGGACGUCGUCAUAGAUUUGCAUAUAAAAAAAAAGUAAAUCCAGAUUUAGUUGUUGAUCGAAAACCAAGUUUAAAACAACGUAAAAUGGAUGAAGAAAAAUUACGUAGACAACAUCGUGAAGAAUAUUCAAGAAGAAGAGAAGAUAUACAUUCAAUGGGUGGUCCAAUGGGACCAAUGGGUCCAAUGGUUGAUGAAGAAAUGUUACAUUGGGAAGAACGUCGUCGUUAUGAAGAAGAAUGUGAUUAUAUUGAUUGGCAUAGAAGAUAUGGUAGAGGACCAGCUGUACCACCAAUGUCUGGACCAUAUCCAAGACCAUUACCAAUGAUGAUGUAUCCAAAUUCACAAAGACGUCCAGAUUCAUCUGAUGAUAAACAUGUUGCUGCACAUCAUUCUGCUAUUUAUCCUAAAAGUGAAGAAUUACAAGCUGUUCGUAAUAUUGUAUCAAACACUGAAAAAGCAUUAAAAUUUGUAUCAGAUGCACUUGCUGAAGCUUAUAAAAAAAGUAUUACAACAACACCAGUAGUUACACCAGUUACCCCAGUGACUGUUAAUCCAACUGUUACACCAACACCAACAGCCACAGCAACAACCACAACAACAACACCAAAUUCAAUAACAACAAAUACUACUUCUACUGUUGAUACAAGUAAAAAAGAUGAUUUAAAUAAAAAAAAAACUGUCAAUUCAACACAAAAAGAAGAUGGUAGUGAUGGUGAAUUAUUUUCAUUUCAAAAAGAAAAAGAAGACACAAGAAUUUUACGUGGUGUUAUGAGAGUUGGUAAUCUUGCUAAAGAACUUUUACUAACUGGUGAUAAUCAUGUUUGUCUUGUUGUAUUGUGUCUUGAAAAACCAACAAAGGCUUUGUUAAAUAAAGUUGCUGAAAUAUUACCAGCUCAAUUAAAAAUUGUUGCACCUGAAGAGAGUUAUAAUAUUGGAAAACAUCCAGAAUCAGCAGCAAUAACAGUAUCUGGUGGUUCAAUAACAGUAAGCAUAACAUUGACAAGUCCAGUUAUGCGUGAAUCAUUAUCAAAAUCUCCAGCAUUAGCAGAUAAUGCUGGACAGCAGCAACAAGGAGCUGUUCAACCGCUAACAACGCCCGCAGUGACCAAACCAGACCCACCAGAUGUACUACCCAAGGCUAAGUGUUUGGAGGCUUUAGCUGCACUCAGGCAUGCCAAGUGGUUUCAGGCUAGAGCAAGUACACUACAAAGCUGUGUCAUGGUUAUUCGUAUAAUGCGAGAUUUAUGCAAUCGUGUUCCCACAUGGGCACCACUAAAUCCUUGGGCAUUGGAACUCCUCACGGAAAAAGUCAUCAGUACAGCUGGUGGUCCACUUGGUCUUGGUGAAGCAUUGAGACGUCUUUUGGAAUGUGUUUCAGGUGGAAUAUUACUUCCAGGAACUCCAGGUCUUUAUGAUCCUUGUGAAAAAGAACCACAAGAUGCUAUUGGAAAUAUGACAUCACAACAGCGAGAAGAUAUAACAUCAUCAGCUCAAUCUUAUCUUCGUCUUAUUGCUUUUCGUCAAAUUCAUAAAGUUCUUGGUAUGGAUCAAUUACCACCACCUAAAAAUAAAGGACGUUUUGCACGUAAACGUAGACGUGAUAAUAGCAAUGGUGAAGGUGCUGAUAAUGAAGUUAAAAAAGAUAAAAAAACAGAUGAACCAUCUAAAGUUGAAAUUAAAAUGGAAACAGACUCAAAGUAAUGUUGUAAAACGACAAUUAAUUCAUGAAAAAAAAAUCGAAAAAAAUUCAUCAAUCUACACAGUCAAAAGAAGUUUCGAAAAUUAAAAAAUGUUAUUAAACAUUUUGCGUAUUAAUUUAUACAUAAGUAUAUAUAAAAUUAAAAAAAAAAAAACAAAAAAUUAUGGGCAAGUGUUGAUAGAGAGUUUAAUGUUUUAUUUCUUUUCGUCAACUUGUUUGAUUUUCUUUUUUUUUAAAUUGUUUAUUAUUAAAUAAAGAAAAUUAAUUUAAAAAAAAAAACAUGAGCGUGUGUAGAGUUUCGAAAAAACAACAUUUUUUUUUUUAAAUUAAUCUUUGAAUAUUAUUUUUAAAUUGUUCUUAACGUUAAUGAACUUUUUUCAAUCAAAUUAUGAUAAUUUUUUUUCUUUCUUCAUGAAAUUAACACGAGUCAUUGUCUCUAAAAAAAAAAAAAAGAAACUAAGUCAACGAAAAUAUUUAAAAAAUUAUUUGAUAAAUAAUAACUCAUGUUUUUUUAUUUCUUAUUUUGUUUAGAAUUUAAUUAAUAUUAUUUUCAAUUUAAAUUUUAAAUAUAGAUAUUUGUAUUCGAGACAAUUGUAUGUAAUUUUGAGUGAAUGUGUGUAUGGCAUAGUAGUCAUAAAAAUGAGUGCAAAUAAAUUAUGAAUAUAAAUUCAUGAAAAAACAAUUGCCCAAUGAAAAAAAAAAUACUAAAAUACUAAAA